CCCGCACCUGCCCCCCCAUCUGUGAACUACGGCAUCCCCAACACCGAAGGUGGUGACCUUCUCUCCGAGAACGUGGCCAUCCCCAAGGGCACCCGCGUCGAGCUCCACGACAAGAGCAACCAGUACUCCCACGGCUUCUCUGACGACAAGGGCACCGAGGUCGCCGAGCAGGGCCGUCUGAUCACCACCAACGGUGGCUGGGAAUACGUUGUGGCCAAGACUGGCUCCUACCAGUACAUCAGCCCCGAGGGCAAGAAGAUCCGUGUCAGCUACACCGCAGACGAGAACGGAUACCACCCCACUAUCGAGUCCGACUAAGCUGGUGCACCCCAAGUCUAUUUAUUGGCAGUCCCCGUCCCCCAACAACCCGCUGGCGUCCCCCUGAAGAUCUGUACAUAACGU